UGUAAUUCCAUUAAAGCAAUCAUGUCAAAUAACAAUAAUCAAUGGGAAGUGGUUACCAAAUCGAAAAAGCAAAAAAAUUUCGAAAAAAAGGUAGUGGCCCAUAAAGAAAAGAAAAAGGAAGAAGCUUUGCUACCAAAAUUGGAAGAAAUUUUGCCUUCACAUCAAUAUCGUAAGAUUGUUACCGGUCGUGGUGGUCAAGAAGACCACUCACCAACCAAAUCAAAUGCCAGUUCGAAGUCCAAAAGUUCUACACCUAAAAAAAUUAACAAAACUUCUAAAGAGUCUACGCAGCAGCGAGAUUCUAAUAAGAAACCUAAAAGUGAUGCUAAUAAAGCGCCCGCUAAACCCAAAAGUCUGGAGCAGGCUUUUAAGUAUUUAACAGCUGAUGAAUUUGCCUCGCAUUUAAAACAACUAAAGUUAAUAUAUCCGGGCUCUAAAUUGGCCUGGUUGAAAGAGAUUGCUAACUAUUUGAAUUCCAGUUUACCAUUUGAAUGUGAUCCCAUAUUUUCUGGUAAAUCCAUAACAUAUCCUAGCAAUUUAGCUUCUCCCGCCUUUAAACAAGCUGUACUCGAUUUUCUUUCAUCUCAGGGUGAAACAAAUCUAGAGUACUUUUUCCAUUAUACUCUAUUGGAGAGUAUGUGCACGGAACUGAAUAAAAAUCAACCUGUUAUUGGUUAUAAAUUUCUUCUACAAUUAAUUGCUCAAAAUUGGCCACAAAUAUGUUCAAAUAAAAUGGCCAAUACCGCCAUGCUAAGGGACUCCUAUCAAAAUCGCAGUAAUAUAUGUCUAAGUAUAUUAUGGGCAAUAGGCCAGGGUGGCUAUCAAAAUCUGAUGGAGGGUAUUAAAGUCUGGCAAAAUUUAAUGUUGCCCAAUUUAACCCUGAAAAGCUAUAGUCGCUUUAUCACAGAUUAUAUUGAAAAAGUAUUAAAUACCGCCAUUGAUCAAAGUUUGAAUAUGAAUCAGAAUGAAUUUUUUGUCACCUAUAAUGUUUUGAAGACAGCAUACCCUGGUUUACCGCGUGAGUGUCAACAAGCUUUAAGGCGUAGUUCUUCAUUAUUUUUGCAAACAUAUAUUAUUAAUACCAGCAGCCAUGCAAAUCUCUUUGUAAAUUUGUUAAGAGACAAUGAAAUAAAUGGUUGUUUGUCGGCUUUAUUACACAAUGAUGACUGUUUCAAAGUUUGGAAAAUGAAUUAUAAGAAACAAUUGGUCCCAACCAGAAAUUUAUUAGAAAAACUGGAAACAGAAAUAUUUGAUAGUGCCACCUCGUUGGCCAUGUCACCAACAUUCCAUAACUUUUUACUUGAGGCUGAAGUAUUGAAUACUGAAUUAGAUGCUAGUAAAAAACGUGAUCCAAAUGUUGAUAUACUAAUGGAAUUGGUUAAGAGUGUACAAGAGAAAACCGCACAACAAAAGAAGAAACAAACCACAGAACAAAAGAAAAAGCGUUGCGGUUGCUGUAAAUGGGCUUUGGGUAGCAUAGUGCUGGUUGCGUUGAUCGCUGGUGCUCUUCUCUAUGAUACCGAAGUGAAUGGUAAAGGUGUUUUUGCCAAAUCCGCCACUGGCAAAAUUUUGCAAAAUGCCGGCGUUUUACCGCAUGUUGAAAAGGCUUGGUACACAUCAAUGAGUGCUGCCGCUCGUGGUUACAAAUGGGCUGAGAAGAAUUUGCCACCCUACACAAAACCCAUUUGUCAAUUGGUUUGUGAUGUCUCCAAAUUGGUGCGUAAUGCUGCUUGCAAUGCCUUUACCGCAACCAGGGAUUUGUUUAACGCCAAAUUACCCGUAGCAGCUGAAUUCUUGGAGCAAUACGUGCCCGGUUUACCCAAGAAAAUUGAAAACACAGCAGGUACUGUAAAAACGGUUUCAUUGGACUUUUAUGGCAAGGCUUUGGCUUUCUUCAAGACUCAAGUGUUGGUUGGACGUUUGUCACCUGAAAAUUUAAGUAACACCUAUAAUCAAACUCAAACUUUGGCUUUGGAAUACUUCAAUCAAUUCCAUAAAAAAGUUGAUGCCUAUGCUAAACUGAAAUGAUUUCCCACAACAGCAGCAGCAGCAAAUGACAUCCUACUAAAACAUUCACAUCAACAACAACAACAGCAGCAGCAUCAGUCACAUUUGUAAAAAGAAGAAAACAACAAAUAAAAACAUAAAACAAAAUGUGGAUUAUUGCUAGAAAUCACAAGUACAGCAGCAGCCAUAUUGUAUCAAAUCUAGAUCUACAUAAAUGAAACAAAAACAAAACA